ACCGGUUUAGCUGCCGCGGUCUGGGUUGCACGUUCUGACGGAGGACGGGCUGGAUAGCCAUGUAGCUCCGUUAGCAUGUUGCUGCUAAUCGGCCAGUUUCUUAAACGUCGAACGCUUUAGCCGGAGACUCCGGCUGUUAGCUCGUUGUGAUGUACUUGUCAGAUUAUUUCGCUUUUUUUCAAAACAUCAUCCCUGUGUAGCUAUAUGCUCAUAUUUUUUCACAAUAUGUGUCGUGUUGAAACAGCGGAGUCCGUUCUCGGGGUAAAGCCGUUGAUUAACGUCCUGUUUUUUGCUAACAGCUAACAGGUAACGCUAGCUGUAACUCUGGGCUCUAGAUGUCUUUGUUUCCGAGCAGUAGUUCAGGAUGUGAGAGCAGGCUGGCUGCGGUAGUUAGCAGGUAGCUUAGAUUACUGUAGAUGCUAAGUUGACAGGUAAAGCAGAACCUCGGGUCAGUUUUUAUUGUGCUCAUCUGACAUGCAGCUCUCAGUUCCGUGACCUUGGGCUCAUCUUCUGCAUCAGAUUCAUCACAAUAAGGCUCGCAGCUGCUUGACACCGAGGGUUAUUAUGGCCCUCAGUUCAGGCUGCAGGCAGAGUGUCGUCUACCUGCUCAUCUUGUCAGGAUGCAUCGCUGCUUCUCAAAGAAAUGACAAUGUCUACGUGUCUGGAUUUUCUAAUGCUUGUGGUGAUGCGGCGGAGCUCCUGCGAGCAUCUAGUGGCGUCAUCACCAGCCCCGGUUGGCCCUUUCAGUAUCCAGCUAGGCUGAACUGUAGCUGGAACAUAAGAGCAAGGCUGGGAGACUCCAUCACCAUCAGUUUCCAGGACUUUGACCUCCAGGGUUCCCAUCACUGCACUUCAGACUGGAUGUCCAUCAGCAGCUACAGAAGCCUGGACGGCCUACGUGUUUGUGGAUCUUCUCUGCCUCCCCCUUACAUCUCCUCCCAGGAUCAUGUGUGGAUCCACUUCCACACUGAUGACACUCUGACAGGGAAAGGUUUCAGACUGUCCUACAUCACCGGUAAACCAGAGGCCUCCAGCUGUGAUGUGGACCAGUUCCACUGCUCUAAUGGGAAGUGCAUACCAGACUGGUGGCGGUGUAACUCCAUGGAUGAGUGUGGGGACAAUUCAGAUGAGGAGUUGUGUGUGGAUUCACCAUUCUCCUUCCAGCCCUGUAAUCUGAACCAGUUCCCCUGCUUGUCCCGUUACACCCGGAUCUACACCUGCCUGCCCCACAGUCUGCGCUGUGACGGCAGCAUCGACUGCCAGGACCUUGGCGAUGAAAUCGACUGUGACGUUCCCACUUGUGGAGAAUGGUUGAGGAACUUCUACGGUUCUUUCAGCUCUCCAAACUACCCUGAUUUUUACCCUCCAGGAAGUAACUGCACAUGGCUGAUUGACACUGGAGACCACCGGAAGGUUAUCCUGAGGUUUACAGACUUUAAACUGGAUGGGACGGGUUACGGUGAUUAUGUUAAAGUUUACGAUGGUCUUGAGGAAAACCCUCGGCGCCUCCUCAGGGUGCUGACUGCUUUUGACUCCAGAGCACCAGUCGCUGUGGUUUCAUCUUCUGGUCAGCUCAGAGUUCACUUCUAUGCUGACAAGAUCAACGCCGCCAGAGGAUUCAACGUCACCUAUCAGGUGGAUGGGUUCUGCCUGCCCUGGGAGGUUCCCUGUGGAGGAAACUGGGGGUGUUACACAGAGCAGCAGCGGUGCGAUGGGUACUGGCACUGUCCCAACGGUCGGGAUGAGCAGAACUGCUCUUCUUGUCAGGAGGACGAGUUCCCCUGUUCCAGAAACGGAGCCUGCUACCCUCGAUCAGACCGCUGCAACUACCAGAACCGCUGCCCCAAUGGUUCUGACGAAAAGAACUGCUUCUUCUGCCAGCCCGGAAACUUCCACUGCAAGAAUAACCGCUGUGUGUUUGAGUCAUGGGUUUGCGACGCGCAGGACGACUGUGGUGACGGCAGCGAUGAGGAAAGUUGCCCCAUCAUUGUUCCCACAAGAGUCAUUACAGCAGCCGUCAUCGGCAGUCUGAUCUGUGGCCUGCUGUUGGUCAUCGCCCUCGGCUGCACCUGCAAACUCUACUCGCUGCGUAUGUUUGAACGCAGGUCGUUUGAGACCCAGCUUUCCAGAGUGGAGGCAGAGCUGCUGAGGAGGGAGGCCCCGCCCUCUUAUGGUCAGCUGAUCGCACAAGGACUUAUCCCACCAGUUGAGGAUUUUCCAGUGUGUUCUGGGAGUCAGGCGUCCGUCCUGGAAAACCUUCGUCUGGCUGUGCGCUCGCAGCUUGGCUUCACCUCCCUCAGACUUCCCUCCUCUGGUCGUCGUAGCAACCUGUGGCGCAGACUCUUCACCUUCUCCCGAUCUCGUCGUUCUGGAUCCUUGGCUCUCGUCUCUGCUGACUUGGAGGACAGCUCUGGUACAGGGAGCACUGGGAGUUCUGGCUCCGAUCUGCUGUCUCCAGACUCUGAUGACACGGAUACAGAAGGUGAACGAGGUAGGGAACGAGGUGUGGGUGCAGUGGGUGGUCCUGUUGCCCCCCUCCCUCAGAAAACCCCACCCCCUUCUGCUGUAGAGGCUGUUAUAUCAGUGACGGCAUCUGCCACCUCUGUGACCCCAAUGCCAAGCAGAGGUCGAGGCCAUGAUAGGUCCAGAGAAGCUCCGCCCCCCUCCAGCCCUGUCACUGUGGUGACCUCUAGUCCAGAUCCUGAAUGUCACAGUGAUGCCUCAGAGCUCCAGGCUCCUUCCUCCUCUGCCCUGCAACGCCUCGCCCAGAACCUGCACCGCCUCGCUAGAAGCCUGACCCGAACUAACCAGAACCAGCAGAACCAAACCUGGCCCAAUCACAGCCCGCUCCGCCAGCUGGAGACAGGAAGAAGCAGCGCUGAUGCCACUGAGCAACGAGAGAGCAGAGAGGAGGAGGAAGAUGUGGAGCUCCUCAUCCCUGCUUCCGACUCUGACUCGUCCUCCUCUUCAUCAUCGGUCAGUGACGUACGACAACCUCUGCUGGAGCCACACCCCUCCUCCACCACAGGCCUCGCCCCCCAUCAUCACCGUGGACACAGUGGUCGAGGGGGGCGGGAUGGCACAUGUGAACACUGUGGGAUGGUUCAUACGGCUCAGAUCCCUGACGCCUGCCUGGAGGCCACGGGUAAGACGGAGAGCAGCGACGAUGAACUGCUGCUGCUGUGCUAACAGGCUAACCUGCCAGCUAACAUGCUAACUGUCCUGUUUUAUUCUCUUCUCAUUUACCUGGUUAAUAUUAUAACCAGUCCACUAACAAGACAACCUAACCUGCUAACAGGCAGGCUAUCACAUCUCACACCUACCUACUGCUGCUGCUUAACAUGCUAAUUUAUUUUUAGUCUAGGCAUUAAGCUGGCUAACAGGUGGCUAAUAUUCUACAUAACAUAUAAACCUUUUUUUUUAAACCAUCUAAUUCUACAAAUAGUGGCUUGAACUAGAAACGUUUCGAAAAUGCUAACAUCCCUUACUGUUCAACAGCUAACUAAAGUCUAACUUGUGUUAGCAUGCUAGCUGGAUUAAAGGUUAGCUUUCAGUGAUGUCGGAGAUAAAUGAACCAAUCAGAGACUCAGGAGUGAAGUCACUGAUUCCUGUUGGUAUGACCACGUAAACUGUUUGUUGUUUCCCUGGUCCGUCUGUUUACCACCUGCCUACCUCCCACCCUCACCCCCUCACAGGCCGACGUUCUCCCCAUCGGUACGACUGUAAAAAGAUUCCUGAUGGAACAGACUGAUGGUUCCCAUAGAUGAGAACUUUACACUUGAUAAGGAACCCAUCUGACCCGGGCUGUGUGAGAACUCCUGGUCAGGUGGGAAAUAUUUAAAGGUCCCUCCAUUUUAAAGGCUGCUGGUUGAGUCUGUUUUAAGGAAAAAUUGAGAAUGACGAGGAUCAUGUGACCAGAAUAAUUUUUUCCAAAGAUGACUUUUUUUAGGAUUUAUUGUUUUUUUGUUUGUUUGUUUUGUAUUUUUAUUAUUUGGUAGCAAAAAGGCUUAAUGGUGUUUAAGUUUAAACUCGAGUAUCUGAGAUUUUGACCCCAGCUGUCAGCCAUGAGGUCGGUAUGUACAGCUGUUACACAAAUUAAAUAUUUCACCACACUGCCUGAGAUCAUAUGAACCAAGCAGUAACAGCUGACUCAAACAUCUACUGAUAAAUAUCUUAAUGAGAUAAAAGCUCAGUUAUAAAAAAAAUUCACUAUCGGAAAAUUGUUUACAUAUUUUCUGUUACACCAGUUGUAAAAGCAACAUACACAAAGCACAACAUAAUUUGCUAUUGUUUUUAUUUAUUUCUUAAAACUUAAUCAACGGUACUUAAAACGUGUUCUCGUCUACGCCCCCAGGUCACAUGACCUUCGUCAUGAGCAGCUUCAGGCUGCUGUUUCUGGAUGAAAGUCAGUGUGUGCCUGGUCACUUCUUAGAAAAGAAAUAGGUUACUGAAGAAGAGUCAAGACUACAUUUGUAGGGCAGCGUUUAAAGAUGUUUUUAUAAUUAAUGGUCAAACAUCUCAACCAGGACCAAAAGCAGACU